CUGCAGUCGCGCCAGACACGAGACGACACGAACCCCAACCGCGACCCUUCCGACGACGAGCGGACGAACCCUCUUUACUACGACCGAAGCCGAGACCGCCCCGUUGCCCAGAAAGACCCAAUCGAGCAGUCGUGGCUCGCUCCUCUCCCGAGAGUGACCAUGUCGCGACGAAUCGUCUGGUUCGGCAGACCCUCCGCCGCCGCCGCCGCCGCCGCCCCGAACACGACAUCCUCCACGCGCAAACCGACCUCCAAAUCCAAAUCCCCAGAACACGUCCAGCUCGCCGUCGUCUUCAAAGACAUCGCCACCUACCGCCCCUACAAACCCGGCGCCGGCCCCCGCCUGCGCCCCGUAACCCUCCUCCCCGUCCACGACUCGACAGCCUACAUCCGCGACGAGUUCUUCGUCCCGCACACGCUCUCCGAGGACGGCAAGAAGCGCCUGCAGUACGUCGUGGGAUGGACGGACCUGCCCGCCGCGCGGCUCGUCGUCGACGCCGAGAGGAUCGCCGACUACGUCUCCCCGCUGGCGUACGAGGAGUGGUGCGCCGCGCGGGCUGCCGAGCGCGACGAGGAGGAGCGCAGGAAGGAGGAGGAGGAGAACGUGCGUGCCGUGGCCGAGGCCGAGGCGCGGGAGCGGGGCAUUGGUCUUCGGAAUGGGGCUGUCAAGGAGACGUCGCCGGUGACGGAAGAUACGACGGCGAGGACGGGCGGAAAGAGGAAACGGAGGACAAAGGCCGAGAUGGAGGCCGCGCGGGCUGCUACGCCAGCGGAGGAGGGAGAGAAGAGGAGGCCAGGGCGGCCUAGGAAACACGCGCCGUCGCUUUCGACACCCUCGAAAGCGAGGCUUGAGGAGUUUGGGGGUUUGGAGACCGAGGCCGAGCCGGAGACUGAGAACCCCGAUGACGAGGAGGCGAUAUUUCGGCAGCUUAAUGGGGACUUGUCCGUUGCGGAGGACGAAUACGAUUCAGGGGAGGCAAGCAGUGUCCGGACCGGAUUGGAGCCGCCGACCAAGAAACAGAGAACGAUAUCUCCGGGGGCACCUCUUUCGAGAUUACUGCCGGGCAUCGAGACGGAUAGCAGCCGGAGCACGCCGUUCGACUCUUCAAGGGGAGCUACCAGCUCACCGGCCCUACCACCACUGCCGAAUCCUGCACGCUCAGUUCCGCUGUCCGCAUUCCCUUCCGUACCACAGGCUUCUGCCAACUAUACCUCCACCCCUCCGGCGACCGUCAAGAAAGUCACCCCGAUUAUGCCCCCGAUGCCUCCCAAGCGCUCACUGCUAUCAUUACGAGAUCCGCCACCAUCAUCAGCCGCGUCUCACCCCCCAUCAUCAAAAUCACAAACACCCGCCUCGAAACCAUGGCAACGGCCACCAAACAUGAAAGAAACCGCAAUCAAGCCCCCCAUAAACGGCACAGCGGUGAAAUCGAAACCAAGAACGGAGUCCGCCCCGGCAGCAAUACCAACACCCCAAACCAACACCACCCCCGCCAAGACACCAACACCACGAACCGGCUUCACGCCCCUCGCCCAAAGCUCUCGACCCUGGAGCGCAUCCCAAGCCGUCAAGAACGCAACGACCUUAACACCAACCCAACCCCUCAAAUCCGUCCAACACGCGCCCCCAUCCUCCGCCACGCCAAAAUCACGAUCCGCGCGCCAACAAAAACGCUCCGCAGCCCAAGACCUCGACCCAGACCGCGACGAGCUCGCCGAGAACCGCUACGAAGUCCUCCGCCUCGAGGGCCUACAAGUCCGCCAGGUCCACAACAAGCCGAUCCGCUUCUUCGCCGUGCGCUGGAAGGGCCGGUGGCCGCCGGGGCAGAACCCGACCUGGGAGCCCGAGGAGAACAUCCCGCUCGACAUGGUGCGCAAGUACCUCCUCGCGAACCCGACGGCGGCGCGCAAGGGCACCACCGGCACGCUGGACAAGUACCUGACCCCGAACUGGUCCCAGCGGAAGUUCUCUUCCGUCUCGGAGGCCUUUGAGGGGGGCGUUCCCGACGCGGCUGCGGGCGAGGCGGGGGACGAUGUGGCUGUGGAGGAGGAAGAUGAAGGAGAGGGUGGAGAGGACGAGAAAGGGGAGGAGAACGGGGUUGGCGACGAGAUGUUGCUGGUUACGGAUGAGCCUCCGCCGACUGUGCGACCGACGCUUUCUUGGUGA